UCCUCACUCCUCACUCUCUACCCUCCCCCUUCAAGUUUCAAAGUUCAUACUGCACUCCUUCUGCACUACUGAUCAGCAGCUUUAAUGGAUCUUUUACGGCGUCACACAUCUUAAUCGUCUGCAAAGCUUAAUUGCUGUGAACUGUGACAACAGCGAGGUAUAGCUGUCCCUCUCCUCGCCGCUCUUCAAACCCAUCCUCUGCUGAUCCACUUCCUGUUGUUCUCACAGUUACAUUCUUAUGUCAUUUCCCAAAAGUUUCCGUGGGCUCACUCUCUUCGUCUCCGAUCGGGUAUUUUUUUCCGGCAGAGAGUUCAGAUUUCAAGCCCCACCUUCGUCAAUCCAGGAUUUCUCUUUGCACAUGGAGAUUGGUUUUCUUCUGGAACAACAUUUCCAGAACGAAUCCUAUGAGAUGAGAUAGGAUCGGGCAUUCCGGCGUUGUUUGAGUUAUAUUUACUUUUAUCAUUUUGUUUUGUUGCUUGAUUUAUAUGAUUAUUUGAUCUGUUUUACCUGAGAUGAAUCCUCUGUGCUGCAUUGCUCCUGUUUCGAUCGAUCGGGACCGUGGUAACACAGCAAUAACAAGACCUGCUACACAGCCCCCGUUAGGGUUAGAUAGUUCUGUUAGAAAUGUUGGAUUUGGUUCGAGCAAACAGAGUUUCUCUACUCAGGUUUCGUCUGUGGGUACUGAUUCCGAUUAUGGGGUGUCUGUCGCGGCGAAUCAUGAGGUGGACGAGAAAGGGGCUGAAGGAAGAGAUUCUAAGGGCUGCUGCGGUAGGGGCAUUGCGAAUGGCAGUGUAGCUGGGAUUCUUUAUAAAUGGGUUAAUUACGGAAAGGGAUGGAGAUCUAGGUGGUUUAUGCUCGAGGAUGGGGUUCUUUCGUAUUAUAAGGUUCAUGGACCGGACAAAAUAUCGAUUAGUCCAGUGAGAGAGAAGGGCGUUAAGGUGAUUGGAGAGGAAUCGCUGAGGUAUAUGCGGAAGGCCGACUGGGGUAGUGGCUCCCGUGGAUCCGUAAAGCAGUGGAAGCCGUUUGGGGAGAUUCACUUAAAGGUUUCUUCAAUUCGUGCAAGUAAGUCGGAUGAUAGAAGACUUUCCAUAUUCUCAGGCACCAAGACUCUUCACUUGCGGUGUUUGUCUAGAGAGGACAGGGCUGCAUGGAUUGAGGCACUGGUGGCUGCUAAAGAUCGUUUCCCCAGGGUGCUGACAAGCAGUGAUUUUUCCCCCUCUGAAGAUAUUGUUGUUUCAACUGAGAAGCUAAGAUCACGGUUACUGCAGGAAGGGCUGAAUGAAGCAAUCAUUAAGGACUGUGAAUCUAUCAUGCUUUUGGAACUCUCUCAGUUGCAAAAUCAGUUAAAGGCUCUUCAACAUAAACAUGUUAUCAUCCUAGACACCUUGAGACAAUUAGAGACAGAAAAAGUAGAGCUGGAAACCACGGUAGUGGAUGAAACGAAGGAGCGAGAAUCAUAUUUUGGACAAGGAAAUGGAAGAUUUAGUGAUUUCCAUUCGAUCAUGUCAGAAGGUAGUGCAAGUGAUUUUGAUCCAGAUAAUGAGAGUCAAGACGGCGUAGAUGCUGAAACAGAUGAAGAUGAUGGGAUAUAUUUUGAUACAAGGGACUUUCUGUCUGCAGAGUCUCUAAGGAGUGCAUCCUAUCGUAGUAGGGAGACUAUGGGGAAAGCCUGUAAAGCUUUAACAUAUGAUAAGGACUCCUGCUUUUCUGACCAUACAUCUGAGGUUGAUGUGGAGAUCAAGACCAUUGAAUACCCCUAUGUGAAAAGAAGGGACAGGUUGCCUGAACCAAAAGAAAAAGAGAAGCCAGUUGGCCUGUGGUCGAUAAUCAAAGAAAAUAUUGGAAAAGAUCUAUCUGGAGUUUGUCUUCCUGUCUACUUCAAUGAACCACUCUCUUCCUUGCAAAAGUGCUUUGAGGAUUUGGAGUAUUCUUACCUGGUUGAUCGAGCAUUGGAAUGGGGCAAGCAGGGAAAUAGUUUGAUGAGAAUUAUGAAUGUUGCGGCUUUUGCUGUCUCUGGUUAUGCUUCAACAGAAGGUCGGCAGUGCAAGCCUUUCAACCCUUUGCUAGGGGAGACAUAUGAGGCUGACUAUCCAGACAAAGGUCUCCGCUUCUUCUCUGAAAAGGUGAGUCACCACCCAAUGAUUGUUGCUUGCCACUGCGAUGGUAGAGGCUGGAAUUUCUGGGCAGACUCUAAUCUGAAAGGCAAGUUCUGGGGUCGUUCAAUCCAGCUUGAUCCUGUUGGAGCUCUCACCCUUCAGUUUGAAGAUGAGGAGACAUUUCAGUGGAGCAAGGUCACCACUUCUUUAUACAACAUCAUACUUGGUAAAAUCUAUUGUGACCAUUACGGAACCAUGCGUAUCAAGGGCAGUGGUAAUUACUCCUGCAAGCUCAAGUUCAAGGAGCAGUCUAUCAUUGACCGAACUCCCCACCAGGUGCAAGGAUUUGUGCAAGAUAACAGAACUGGACAAAAGGUGGCAAUGUUGGUGGGGAAGUGGGAUGAAGCAAUGUAUUAUGUGUUGGGAGAUCCAACUACAAAGCCAAAAGGGUAUGAUCCCAUGUCAGAAGCUGUGCUACUGUGGGAACGAGACAAAUCUGUUACCCACACACGAUACAACCUCACUCCUUUUGCAAUUUCCUUGAAUGAAUUGACAUCUGGCCUAAGGGAAAAGUUGCCUCCGACUGAUUCAAGACUCAGGCCGGACCAGAGGCAUUUAGAGAAUGGGGAAUAUGAGCUGGCAAAUGAACAGAAGCUUAGGCUGGAACAGUCACAAAGACAGGCGAGGAAAUUACAGGAGAGAGGAUGGCAGCCGAGAUGGUUCAGGAAGGAUGAGGAUGGCUGUUAUCGUUAUAUGGGUGGAUAUUGGGAAGCAAGGGAGAAGGAAAAAUGGGACGGGAUUCCAGAUAUAUUUGGACAAAGCAGCGAUAUUUGUCCAUGUUUAGAGGAGAAGUAGUUUCCAGUUCCAAUUGUUGCAACCUUCUUCCCAUAUUUAAUCUCGACUGAAAAUCAUGAAUUCCUGUUAGGGUGUAUACUUUCUAAGUUAUUAUAGAGAGGAUCCUGUCACAUAUAGUUGCUUGUGCCUGCUCAUUUGGGUAUUCAAGUUAAUAAAAUUUAAUUAUAUUUUUAGGGAA